AUGCAGGGUCCGAGGGUCGCGCAUUGGGAAUUUCCCGCGCCGGCGCCUUACCCCCGUACGUCUGUCAAGUCACGUCACCCGCCAGCCUUGCGCGCCGAUUUUAAAUUCAACCUCCCCCUCCUCCACCAAGACGAAAAAGCUUCAAUGCAUCGCUGUGCACGACUUGCGCGCUCGACGCGGCGGGUAUGUAGGGGAGAUGUAGGAUAUACGCAUAAUACGACGCCGGUCGCCGUCAUCUUCAGAUGCUGCUUUUCGACGACAACUCGCGCUGCAGAACCCAGCAGCGAAUCUACCUCCUCCACCCAGCCAACACCACCAAAAUCCUCGAAAUCAACCUCUACACUCUUCCUCACAACCCUCGCCCUCGCCGCAGCAGGAGCAACGACAUACCAGCUCUCCUCCUCCUCUUCGCCGCCUAGUUCGGGGCUACACGAACGCAUAUUCACACCCUACACCAUCACGUCCAAAACGCCCAUCUCACCCACCUCUACGAUCUUCACUCUCUCUCCCCCGCCCUCACAAACCUCCCCGACUUCAGACACACAAUCAGCCGACCCCUUCGCCCCCCUCUGGCCAACAAUCUGGUCCCUCACCUUCCGCCAACCCCAACUCCAAGUCGCCCGCUCUUACACCCCUCUCCCCCCGCUGUCCACCACCCCCACCACCCCCGGCGCCCUCCGCUUCCUCAUCCGCCGCGAACACGGCGGCGAAGUCUCAACCUACCUCUCCCGCCUCUCCGUGGGUUCUACAAUCGACAUCCGCGGUCCGGUAGUCGAAUACGCCAUCCCCCCCGACGUCUCGGACGUCGUCUUCCUCGCUGGUGGUACCGGGAUUGCUCCCGCGUUACAAGCUGUGCGCGCUGUACUUGGUGAUGGAGUUUCGGGGGAGGGGGAUAAAUCUACAAAUACGACGGUGAAGAUACUCUGGGCAAACCGCCAACGCUCCGAAUGCUCCGGCGCACCUCUACCCGCGCCAUCAUGGUGGCGCAUAUGGGACACCACCCCCACGUCAACCGAACCACCCAGCCCCCUUGUAGAAGAACUAAGGGGUUUAGAAGCGCGAUACCCCGGCCGCGUGGAGGUGAAAUAUUUCAUCGACGCAGAAGGCUCAUUUAUUGAUCGCCGGGGCAUACUUGAUGCUGUGAAAUCGGCAGGGAAGGAGGAGAAGGAGGGCAGGAAAUUAAUCAUGGUCGCUGGACCGGAUGGAUUCGUGAAGCAUUAUGUUGGGCCGCGUGUGUGGGAGGGGGGAGAGGAGAAGCAGGGACCGCUUGGGGGGGUGGUGAAGGGGUUAGGGCUGGGGGUAAAGGGGUGGGAGGUUGUGAAGUUAUAG